AUGUGGAGGAAUCGUCCUGAGCCUGAGGCGGUGAUGUGGCUCGUGCUGCUGCUCCUGUCGACUCCUCUGCCGCCGCCAACUCUAGCCGACGAAAACAGACUGAUCCUGAAGAAUGGCACCAACCCCUGUGAGGGAGUCCCACAGGUGUACCAUAUGAAGAGCUGGCGGUACAUAGGUACUCCAAUACUGAGCGACACAGUCAAGAGUGUCGUCUGUCGGAGUACCCAUUGCGGGGAGGCCCGGGACAGUAAGAGUGUGCUCCUGCCCCACGAUGCCACCCUGUGGAUGCAGGAUCUACAGUGUAAGGGCAGCGAGGAGCACCUAUUUAAUUGUGGGUUCUCUCAGUGGAGUAUUGAAGACUACCGCAGUCAGACCACAGAGAGAGUCAACUGCACACAUAACGUGAGCGUGUCGUUUGAGGACUUUAAAUGCGCUGGACGAGUUCUUUUCUCCACAGAUGGUCAGACCAAGAGUGGAUACAUCUGUGCAGAAAAGUUUGGGGAUAAGGAGGGCAAGGUGCUGUGCAAGUCUUUGGGAUGUGGGGAUCUAAGAGAAAUUCCAACCUGGACCUUGCCCGGUUCUGUGUCUGGUUCUGGAUCCAGUUCUGGUUCCGGUUUUCGGUCCGGUUUUGGGUCUACGAUCUCCAUAGACUGUUUGGGUUCGGAGGAGAACCUAUGGGAAUGUGCUCCAAAACCCAAGACCUGCACCGAACCAGCCUAUGUCUACUGCCAAGGUCAUCCGGAGGUGCGAGUUCGAGGGAGCAGCUCUAACGUGUGCUCAGGUGUCGUGGAGGUGAACGGCCCACAGUCCUGGAUGUCAGUGAAGGUCGAGGACGUAAAGACUCUACAGGACUGGUGUAAACAAAUGUUCUGUGGGUCCUACCUCAACCACAGCAUGAUGGAGAACAGCACACACCUCACCUGUACAGAGCGUGUCCGUGUGGUGCUGAUGUCCAAAGACAAGCCCAGUGACUGCUUUGGUACUGUGUACGUGGAGCAGCAGGGGGCACUGUCUCCUGUGUGUGCGUCCCAGUGGAAGCGCACGCCUCAAAAUGCGGAGAUUGUCUGUGCCGAGCUCGGCUGUGGACACGUGGUCAGCUCCAAAGUGCUUACCGCCUCCUCCUCCUCUCACCUGGAUUAUGUGACCUGCUCGGCUCAGGACUCUUCUCUGUGGCAUUGUAAAUCCAGGCACAGCACCACCGCCCUCCCCUGCCGCGAGCACAUCCACCUCGUCUGCUCAGGCAGCACAAAGUUCCGCCUGCAGGAUGGCCCUGGUCCCUGCUCUGGGCGCUUGGAGCUGUUUUUCGAGGGGCAGUGGCAGAAGCUUCGUCAGAACAAUUGGCGUUCUUCAGACUCUGAGGCCGUGUGCAAAGACCUGGGCUGUGGCGCCCCGGUAACAGACUCCGCCUCCAGGCUGCACUUCACCCAGGGGCCACACCCUUUUUUAGACAAGACCAUCCGAUGCUCCACCUCCACUGACAAACCCGUGCACUGUACCGCCAGCGAGAUGUCCAGCCUCCCCCGCAACGACCAGAUUGUCGACCUUACCUGUAACAAUCAUCGGGAGGUGCUCUUCAGUGAAGGUUCCUGUGCAGGGCUCGUGAUGGUGUCCUCCCCCUCUUCGCUGCUCUUGCUCAGCUCGUCUAAUGCCUGGAACCAGGACGCUGCCAACGCCGUGUGUAGGGAGAGACACUGCGGCACCGCUCUGACCUUCACCCAGAACAGGAGCUCUCUGCAGCUCCCCCUUUGGACCCUGGACUCCUGCCCUCCUAAUGUCUCCUCCAUCUUUCUGUGUAACUCCAUCACCACUACCACCAGCUCCACCACCGGCUCCACCAGCGACUCCACCAGCGACUCCACCAGCGGUUCCACCAGCGGCUCCACCACCGGCUCCAUCACCGAGCCCACCACCGGCUCCACCACCGGCUCCACCACCGAGCCCACCACCGGCUCCACCACCGGCUCCACCACCGGCUCCACCACCGAGCCCACCACCGGCUCCACCACCGAGCCCACCACCGAGCCCACCACCGGCUCCACCACCGAGCCCACCACCGGCUCCACCACCGAGCCCACCACCCCCCUCUCCCUCAGCUCCCCCAGUAGCUCCAAGACAGUCUACAUUGCUUCAGUCACCUGCUCCGGCAAUAAAUCUGUGAACCUGACAAACGGCUGCUGGGGUUUUGUGAACUUGUGCGAUGGCGAGGAAUGUGGCGGUCUCUGUGCUGAAGUGUGGACUGACAACAUGGCCUCCCUUCUGUGCCACAGCCUCCAGUGCGGUGCCAGAACUGUCCCCAUGAAAAAAACACAGCGAGACUUCAAAAUCGGCUUCAAAAGUCUCCACUUACCCCAAGGCCUCACCCCCGACCUCACAAAGUUCCAUAUGGCCUCCAGUGUCAGACGCACCCACCUCGACCAAUCCUGCUCCGGGAACGCCACAUAUGUGGUCUGCACUGGCUCUCUUGCUGCUCGUUUCAACCACUCGUUUGACCGUUGCUCUGGUAACGUGGUGGUGAAGGUGGAGGAGCGCUGGCUGCCGGUCUGUGAGGACGUGGUUUCUGACCGUAACACUGCUGCAGUCCUGUGUGCCCAGAUGAGGUGUGGCUCUAUGGUCAAGAAACUUGAACACCAUGGCCCCGUCCCCAAAGGGCCGUACCUGUCCAGACUCCAAUGUCCCAACGGCAGCCGCGACUUCAUGACCUGCCAGGUCUCUGAACCUGUCAGCACCUGCAAGCCAGGUGGCCUCCGUUGCUCCGGUUGGGGGCAGGUGACGCUGUUGCGGGGGGAGGACUCUUGUUCUGGAGUCGUGUUUGUCUUUUCUGAGGCUAAGGGCCGUGCCGCUGUGAGCGCUACCUCCUGGACACAUGCAGAAACAACACGACUGUGCCACGACCUGGGCUGUGGGAGCUCAGGCACUCACACUGUAAAGGAUGUGAUUUCAGACGUGCCAUUUUGGAACGGCUCCUUUAACUGUUCCUCUGUGAAGAACCCUCAGAACCUCUGGGACUGUGAGCGCCCUGAUAUACCUCAGGAGAACAGGCAACUCUAUGUCACAUGUGCAGCAUCCCCUGUCUUGAACCUGAGCCUGCCAUGUGGAGGACAGGUGCUACUUGACGGUGGAGGAGUGUGUGACUCUCAGUGGGAGGAAUCGUACUCGAAACUCGUGUGUUUGGAGAUGGGCUGUGGAGGUGCUGUGCCCGGCUACAAGAGCUCCAUCAAAGCACUGCCCAGGUCAAAGGUCAACACUCACAUCAAACCACUGCUCAGGGCAAAGGUCAAAACUGACGCUGGGUUUACACUGCAGGUCUAUCAGCAGUAUGUCCACGUGAGCUGUGAGCUGCACCACGAGCGUCUGUGGCAGUGCCAACGAUUUAUGGCUCCGUGUCCAGGACGACUGGUGUCUGUGUUCUGCAACGCUCGUAUGCAGUACCGUACGACUGACCACUGUGGUGGCGACAUCGAGCUUAAAAUGGAGGAUGACGUUUGGGAGAAAGCCUGUAUCAAAGGCGACCUCCCCUACAGCAUCAGGGAACGUCUGUGCAUCGAGCAGAAUUGUGGAAGCCCUGUAGGAAAUAAACCUGUAGUGGAACAGAACCAGUCGUUCAACUUCAGUCUGACGUCAUGUGAAAAGGACCAUCAGCACAUAAAAUACUGCGUCUCCAAGAAGAUCUGCACUGAGCCACCUGCACGGCUCAAUUGUUAUGUGAAGCCCACAGACCCGCCCCCUCGCGACCUGGUGAUGCCUGUGGUUUUGGGCGUGGGUUUGGUUCUGAUCCUGGCACUGACCGUUUUUAUCCUGCUCAAGUUUUAUCUGCGACGUCACAACACGUCCAUCAAACAACUACUGCCCAUGUUCUCACGGCAUGCGGAGGAGGACUUUGAGAGUGGAGAGUAUGAGCACGUAUCCUCCAAAGACAUCUCUGCUCUUGUUCGUGUGUUUAAGACACAGGAAGAACAUGCAAACCCCAGCCGCUUUGGGACUUACACUCAGGAGCUGUGA